GGUGAAUGCUGCUGGCUAUGGGCAUGGUGCAGGGACAGCAGGGAAGGGGCUGGCAUCUGCCCCAAGGGUGGCACCGCUGCCAGGCUCUUGCAUUAAAAUGCCUGGACUCGCGGUGUCUGCUCAGCUCCUGGCAGAGCUGAAGGGAGCCAGCGAGCUCUGGUGGUGCCACAGUCGAUGGCUCUGUUAGACGUGUGGUGGUCACACAGCGUUACACUCUUGAAAGGCAUAAGCCCUGCUUCUUUCUCUCCCCAAUGGGCUGCUAAAGGCUUGGGGCUUCUAGGGUGAUGCGGAGCCACGUGCAGGUUCCUUGGGGUCUAGGGCAGAGCAGGGCACAGCGUCCCCGUCUGCACUCAGCCUGCAGCGCUGAUGUUGCCAAGGAUAAAGCCUGCUGUUGGCUUUGUGGGGAUGUCCUGCCACGUGUCACUCACUCCUGGUCCUGGCCUGAUCCCUGUGCUGCUGUCUUCUGUCCCUAAACACUAUUCAUCCCUGCAAGGGGGGAUGUGGCUGCUGGGGCCAGGCUGUGUCUCGCCACUUGCUCACAGAGGGCACUGCUGAGCCGGCUAAGGGCAGCCAGCCCGCGGAGCCUGCAGCCAGAUGAGACACCGUCAACAAGGAAGGAGGAAAGAAAACCAACCUGACCCAGGAAAAAGGGCACGAAUCAACAAAUCCAAAUCACAUGCCGUGGGACGUCUCCCACAGCCUCCCAGCACCGUGGCACAGAGGACGCAGGCCUGUCUCCCAACUGGAAAGAGUGAGCUGGGCAGACCCUGCUGAUGCUUCCAGCAAAUGCUCGUGGAGUCUAACGUGGGAUUGCUGAGCUGAAGGUGGCUGUGCUUAACAGCGUGGUGGGCACAGACGGCAACACCGUGUUUGCUCUAGCAGGUUCCUGUUAUGGCAAGCGCCAGAUGAGCCACUGCGUGGCCCAAGGUAGGGGCGACCAUCGGUGCUUCAGGGUGGUGUGGCAAUGGGGGAGGAAGGCGAGGGGAUGGAUGUCUGGAAGAUAGAGGGUUUGAUGUCUGCAGUCUCAGCGAACAGGAUAGCCACUAAACUAUCUUUUUACAGAAACCACAACAUGGUGAGGAGUGCUGGGGUUUUCUCUCUGUCCAAGAUGGAUGGGGAGUGUGUGUGCUGGGUCAGCAGGGUGCUGACAGGGAUCAUGCUGCGGCCACCAUCGCCACUGCAAAAGCACUGGUCCCCUGCUUGCUGCCAUCUCCUGUGGCAGGAGCAGCCCUGUCCCUGCAGACAGGCACCUGGGUCCCAGGGUCUCCCUAGGGAGCCGAGUUGCUGCUCUGCACCUCCACAAGUCCGGGGAGCGGUGCUGGGGGCCCUUUCUCCCUCUGUGGAGAAAUACCUGCUGUCUUUGCCAGAGGCCUGCUGCAAAUCCAGGAGGGCUUGUGCUGUCAAGGGGGCAGGGGAAAGCCAUAAACCCACUGCCUGCACUUCAGCUCUGGCAUUUUGGAGGUCUUGCCUUGGGGCUCGGAGCCCUUGCCCACACUUUGCAUCUGCCUAUCCCCACUUGCUGGCUGCCUCUUCCUGUUUCCAGCUCUGAAAGAUUGCAGGGGACAGAAAACAUGGGGAAAGCAUUUUAUACACGCCUGCCAAGGUGAACAUGCUCAUAAUGUUAAUGCAGACUCAGUAUAAAAUGAGAAGAGCGAGAGGCAAGGGGUUGGGGGUAAGCCAGCCCUAUGAUGUCCAGUGCAGUCAGGGAGAUGGUUCCACCCAUCUGCCUCUGAAGGUGGCCCCAGGCUUUCCACCUUCACCAAGGGACAUGUCCCCAUGACUGGGAGCUCAGAGUUGGUGGUCUCAAAGCCCUUGCCCUGAAGAGCAAGGUUCCCUCCAUAGCUGGGAAGAGCAAGGAAAAAAAAAAAUCACCUGUAGUUAAGUGGUGGGGCAAGGCCAAGGAAUUACUGGCCAGGUUUCAAAGAGAGGAAGGCAGUGGGGUGGUAACAUGGCACAGCACUGCCCCGGCAUCCCCCUGGGGACUGUGCAGGGGCAUGACACGUGUGCCUGGUACCAGCCUCCGCUGUGGCUCAUGCAGACUGCAGUCUCUAUGUGGGGCACAGCACCCCAAGGGGGUGCCUCAGGGUGCUUUGUUUUGCCUGGCUGGGUACCAACAUGCUGGUACCCUUACUGUCCCGUGGAGGCUGCGGGAGGGCUGGGAGUGUCACAGCAGCAGUUUCACCGGUUGUGCCAGUGUGAGUCAUGCCUGGAGCAGGGCUGAGUCACUGCCAGAGCGGUGUGAGCAUCACGCCAGAGCUUUCUCAGACCCUCGUCCCUGUGACACCAUCAGUGUGACUUCUUGCUGCCUUUAGGGAGGGAUGAAACACCACGGGGGACCAGCUAGAGAUUCCAGCUGCCUGUCGUGUUUGCUGGUGCCAGAACAACUCUGGCAUGCCCAUCCUCUCACCACCGCACCCUGCAUGGCAACAUAGAGCUGGGGGCAGAUGGAUAGGGUGCAGCGGGAUGAGCCCUGCCCUGAGCCUGCUUCUGUUCCUGGCCAGCUGCACCCUGCUCCAGGGCACACUGUUGCCUCCACAGGAUGUGAGGCUGGAGGCACAAAACUUCCACAUCCAUCUGCGGUGGGAACCGGCCCCUGGCUCGCCCAGUGGUACCACAUACCAGGUGGAAUGGAGGAGACGAAUCCCUCACUGGACCAAGGCAGAUACCUGCUGGGGGAACAGCACCGGCUCCUCCUGGGCAUGUGAGCUGUAUUUUGACAAGAUCCAUGAUAUCUACUGGGCAAGGGUGAGAGCGGUGGCCAGAGGCGAGCUGUCCAGGUGGGCCUAUUCCAGCGAGCUGCAGCCAUACAGAGACACAAUUGUGGGCCCCCCCAAGUUGUCCUGGCUGUUCCAGGAUCACAUCCUCAGCGUAAAUAUCAUCAUGCCACUCACUCCCUACCGAAGCAAAAACGGCUCUUACAAGCCAGUUGACCAAGUUCUGCUGAAGCUGUGGUACUGGCUGUGUCUGUACGAAGGGGAUGUGCUCGUCCAGCAAGUGCCCUGCAAACAGAGUGGGGAGGAAGGGCCAUGCACCUUCAGGUUCCUCAAGCCCAGCACACAGUACUGUGUCCGGACGGUGGCUGCGGACAUGGCCAAGGAGCAGAGCCGGGAGGCUGAGCAGUGCAUGGUGACACCAGCAGGCCCUGCAGGCUUUCCCUGGGUCGUCGUUGCUGUGCUGAGUGGUGUCUUCCUGCUGCUGAGCGUGGCCGGGCUCUGCUUUGUCCAGCUGUACGUCUUCCCCCGCCCCUCGGAGAUGCAACUCCCCAAAAUACUUCAGGCUCUCCUGAACAGGGACCUGAAUGUGACCAUCACGGUGCCCACCCUUGAGCUCAAGGAGGACUCACUCACCCUGCUCCUGCCGACAUUGCUGCCCUCCCACGGAGCACCUGCAGCUGAGCAGACAACACCCACAGUGCAGCUGCUCCUUGGAGAAAGUCUUUCCCAGGACAUGAGUGGCUACUGUGCCAACGGGUUUGGGCCAGACUGCUGCAAAGGAAGGGACCCAUCCUGCACCCACAGCCAGCUGGGGCAUGCCUUGGGCUCCUGGGUCUCACUGCAGCUGGAGGAGGAUGGGAGGGCACAUGAUGGGGAUGAUGUGCUGGCGCAGCCGCUGCUGGUGGGACCGACCAGAGACAGCGGCACAGGUGACAGGGAUUACCAGACAUCUGAGACAUGGCUCUCCCUGCACGUCCAUCUUUAUUCCAAAUGCCAGUGCCCAGCCCCAGGAGCAGGCAGCUGUCUUCCUCUGCCCAUACUGGGCAGGAGCUUCAGCCAGGAGGACCUGCAGGAGAGCCUUGGCAUGGCAGGGCACUGGAUUCCACUCAGCUCUGUGAAGCUGCCAGCCAGCAAGGACGAGAGUGGAGGGCAGCUUGUGCAUGCUCUGCAGCCCCUGCAUGGCCAUGGGACUGAGCCACAGUCAGGUGACAGAACCACACAGCAGGGUGACUUGGAGGAGGCAGCAUCAGACAUUUCCCUCCCCAGCCCUUGCCAGCUGUCCCAGUUCCCCCCUGACAUCCUACAGACAGCUGCCUUCUCUGGCUAUGAGCCACGUCCCUGAGCUGACAGUCAGCCAUAGCAAGCAGGUAGAGGCACGCCGGGAGCUCCCAGCACCUAGAUGACAGCAUUAAGGAGCUCGAGGUGCUGCCCAGAGCUGCCCCAGCCACGAUGGCUGCCUGCUCAGACCUGCCUGUGCCUUGCUGGGGACAGGACUGGGGCAGGCUCGCAUGCGGGCAGGCACAGGCACACUCUGGGCACGGCUGCCACGGAUGGUGAGAUCAGUAUCUUCAGAGCUUCCGUCUGUGGUUUUGGUGCUCUUGAACCAAAGCAUAAGGAAUACGUGCCAAAGUUGAAGCCCCAUAACUCUUAUUUAUUUAUCCACCUAUAUUUGUGGGUAUGUGUGUGUACAGUGUAUAUAUAUAUAUACUAAUGCAAAUAUAUGUAUAUACUCAU